GCAGAAAUACUGUGUGUUCAGGUUAAGCCGAGUAACUCAGCUCUGCUACUACUAUGGACACUUCAUCCGCAGCUGGCAAGCCAGUACAGAUCACUGUGAUGGAUGGAUAUGACUUGAAAGGUAGUAAAGGGGAAGCUCCAGUUACCUUCGUUCGAGCAGAAUUUAAUAAUGCAGUCUUGGGAGACUCGUCAAAAAUUACUGUUUCUUCUGAAGGGACAGCAAAAUACAACUUUACCAGCAGUUUUGAGUUCACUUCCGAUGGAGCCAAUACUUUAGAUGACCUUGCCCACAAACCUGUAUUCUUGACUGUGUUUGAAGUUUUACCAAAGGAAAAGAAACAGAAAGAGGAGAAGACUGUAAUUCUGGGUCAAGCUGUUGUGGACCUUCUUCCUUUGCUAGAAGGAGAAUGCACAUUUGAAAUAAUGGCCCCAUUACAUCCUGUGGUUGGUUCACCCUUAGAGAAUCUUCGGCCAGGAGCCAAAUGUUGUCUUGAGGUAACAGUAUCUGUCUCAGAGGCAUUACUGACUACAGCCCAGAUAUUGGGUGGGAACCUUUUAAAGGUGACUUUAGAGGCUGCCUAUUCUGUGCCUGAGAGCUUUGUGAUCACAGGACCUCAACAAAAUUACAUGGUUGGUUUGCAAGUUCCAUCAGUUGGAGAGAAAGACUAUCCCAUAUUCUUCAGAAAUGGCAUCCUAAAACUUGGUGGGGAAAGGGAACCGGUACCCCGGCCCAAAAAAUGGCCCAUUUCCAACAUCCUGGCACCAGGAGCUCAGUACAUUCCUGAUUCUUUCAUAACUGGUGGUCCUUAUGUUGAGGAAGACGGUGAACUCAACAAUCCAGAGGACAAAGACUUCAGGAACCAAGCAGAAAUUACAAAGAAAAGAAUCGUUUGGGACUUGGAAAGUCGCUGUUACCUUGAUCCUCCAGCAGUUGCCAAUUUUCAGAAACGAAUUGCAGAUUGCCGUUUCUGGUCGGUGGAGAUAACAAGAGUUCCCAUAAUUCCUGUGAUGAAAGGGAAAUCUGCAAAAGUUGAUAGGGCUGAGGAUGAAGCACAAGUUUUUUUUCAUGGUGUGGCCUAUGUUAAUAUGGUCCCUUUGUUGUAUCCCGGUGUGAAGAGAAUCCGAGGAGCUUACCGUGUUUAUCCUUAUGCAGAUAGUACAGUAUAUGAGAAGACAAAGUGUCUGUUUAGCCUUUUCCGGGAUCUUGGACACCAGAACAAACUGGGAAACAUUGCAGGGGUCAAUUCCCCACUGGCUAAACCAAUUCUCUCCAAGAACCUGAAGGAGGAAAAGCCGCCCAAAGAGAAAGACACUGUAAGGAAGACAUCUAGUAUAAAAUCCCAGAGCUCAGACAACCCUUUGGAAGGUGAUACUUCUCUGAACCAGAACUCAGAAGGACAGCAAUAUGUGGAAGCCGGAACAUACCUCCUUCUGGAGUUUGAACUGGAGAAAGCCUUAGUACCGAAGCGAUUGUCAGAAGAACUUGCAUCUCGAGUCAAGGAAAUCAUUCCUCUACGACCUGCCCUUGUCCGUCGAACAGGAGGCGCUCAGAAGGCAAUCGAUGAUUACCACACUCAGAUCCAGAACAUUGCCACAGCCAUCUUAGAUGAAUACCACAAGAUAUUUGGCAAAGAGCUGACUACAGGAAAAGAUCUGGAUAACCAAACUCUGGAGGAUCACAAGUGCCAACUCAAUUAUGAGCUCAAUUGUUCUGGAAAAUAUUUUGCUUUUAAAGAACAGCUUAAGCAUUCAGUAGUGAAGAUUGUGAGAGAGAAGUACCUGAAGACAACUGCAUUUGAAAACCAAGAAGAGCUGCAAGCCUUUAUCAGUGAGCUGUAUAUAUUCUUAGUGGAUCAAAUGCAUGUCAUCUUGAACCAGAACAUGCCAGACGAGGCGCAGAGCUCCACGGCCAUGGUCACCCCCACCUCUACAGAUCAGCUCCGACUCUUUGCGUAUGAAGCCCAGGUCAACGAAGACUUCCCUCUGGCCACAGUGUACUACGAGGAGAGACUGGUUCGUGACAACCAGAACGUGGAGCACUGGCUGGAUUAUGGCUCCUUCUGCCUUCUGACCAAUGAUGUUCACAAAGCACAAGAAUGUUUUCGUAAAGCUCUUUCACUGAAUCAGACAAACAUAGACAGCCUGUUGCUGUGUGGUCUUCUGGCUAUCAUGAUGGAGCACUAUGACCAGGCCGAGAUUUUUUUUGAAGACGCCACUUGCUUGGAACCAGCCAAUGUUGUGGCAUGGACUUUGCUUGGCUUGUUCUAUGAAAUUCAAAAUAAUGAUAUCCGAAUGGAAAUGGCAUUUCAUGAAGCCAACAAACAGCUGAAUGCUAGAUUAGCCAAGGAAAAGUCAACUGCUGAGACUGUUGAUACUGGAGGGAAGCUAGAAUCCAGUUUAACAAAUUUAGGAGUUGUGAGAACUUCCUCACCCACCAAAGGAGAUGUAACACAAGAUACCAUAUCCAUGCUAGAUGAUCUUCUUGAAGACACAUCCAAAACCCAGCCUGAGUCUGCUGAGCAUCGUAAAUCAUCGAUUCAGCAUCAAGUCCUCAGUCCCAUCCAAAGAAACUCCAAGUCAUUUUCUAAGGAAAAGAAAGGUUCAAAAGGUCAUACGUCAACAUCAGUUCUGGCUUCCCCAGCCUUUCAUGGAGUUUCCCCCAAACCCAGCAGUAUCUUCAUGGAGACCACACGCUUUUUGAUGAAGGUCAAUGCUGUUCAGUUUGUCCACAGGGUGCUCGCCCAUGAAUUGAUGCACCCCCAAGGAGGCCCUAGCUGUGAAUAUUACUUGGUCCUGGCCCAGACACACCUUCUUAAGAAGGAUUUUGAGAAGGCAGAAGAAUACCUCCAAGCAGCCAACCAGAUGGAUUACCUGAACCCCAAUGUCUGGGGUCUGAAGGGACACUUCUUCUACCUGAAUGGAAACUUUGCUGAAGCCAAGGAGUGCUACGAGCGGACUGUUAGUUUUGUAGUGGAUGCUGCGGAAAUGCACUUCAUCUAUCUGCGACUAGGAUCCAUCUAUCUAGAAGAGGGAGAGAAUGAAAAAGCAAAGAACACCUACAUGAUGGCUUGUAAAAGAUCACCUUCGUGCCUGACCUGGCUGGGAGUGGGAAUCGCCUGCUACCGGCUGGAAGAGUUCUCAGAGGCUGAGGAUGCCCUUUCUGAAGCCAAUGCCAUGAACAACUACAAUGCUGAAGUUUGGGCCUAUCUGACUCUGGUCUGCCUAAAAGCUGGGAGGAAACUGGAAGCAGAACAGUCUUACAAAUACACAUUAAAGCUGAAGCUGAAGGAUGAAGCUUUGCUCCAGGAGAUCCACAUGGUGCAAGAGAUGGUGGGCUUUGGGAAUCCUUCCUUCUAAUGACAUAUUCCAGAAGGACCUUCUUUUGUCAUUAUAUAAGGCAGAAAUUCCCUGAGCUCCUGAAUCCUAAAGGAGUCAGGCUAGUCCUAAGGCUGAAGAAAAAGACCAUCUGUCCCAGCAACUGUUUCAUUUUGAGGGUUUUUUUGGUUUGCUUUAUGGUUUUUCAUUUUUUUUUUUUGGUGCGGUUUAUUGUUUCUUUUCUUUAUUGUUAUUCAAAAAGGCUAAUAAAAGAUCAGCAAGAAAAUA